GUUUGUGAUAUAGAACAAGCCAAAAUGAAGCUUCAGAUUCUAGCUUUGGUCGUUUGCGUUGCUUUCGUUGUGGGAAGUGAAGUUGAUUCCGGCGCACCGGAAUUGCCGACGGACCUUCUUCAACCAGAUCAAGCGGAAGCAGAUAACGCCGUGUUGGUGUUUGAAGACCCAACACCUUUGGACGCAGUGCCCCGAGAUGCCCCAGAUGCUGAACAGCAAGAGAUACCGGACCAACCUGACCAAGAAGCCGAGGAGGACCUCCGUCAACUGGAGGAAGAAGAUGAUUCGGUCGACUCCGAAGAGUCUGACGAAAGUGAAGACGACAAAGAGGUGAUUGAACUGCUGGAGAAGCUGGAGGAUCGUCAGGAAGAGUUGGACUACCUAAAUCGCUAUCUGCUGGGACGCCUUGCACCGAUUCAUGCCUCUGUAAUUGAUAGACGCAUACGUCCAGCCAUUAUCCGCCGUCCGUGGAUUCGUCGUCCAUGGAUUCGUCGCCCACGUAUUCUUCCUCCGAGGCUAAUCUAAAUUUUAAAUCAACUACACUAGCACACAUACACGCAGAUUACGCACAAUAGAUAGAGAGAGAGAGAAAGUUUAAUUCUAAAUAGAACCACCAUCGUUUCAAUAAAUGUAUGUUUCGUUUUCCGCAA